AUGGGUCUCCCGGGAGAAGCCGUGAUGGGGACCCAUACUCCGCAAGAGCACCGGGAGAUUCCUACAGGCGGAGAUCCCCCAGUAAAAUUACCCCAAACCCGAUGCGUUAUCCUACAGGCGAAUAGCAGGCUAACUGACCUGGUUUUAGUAUCGCAGGAUCGCCGUCGUGGACGUGGCCGUUCUCGCUCGCCUGCUGCUAUUGACCGGUAUGAACCUACAGAGCGACGCCCUGCUCGAGACGAUUAUUACACCGCUGCUCGUGAGCAUGCUACGCGAGAACGCGAUGAUCGACGCCGUGCCCCGUCUCCGAACGUCGCAAACAUCGAUCGUUAUGUCCCGGGACAAGAUUCGGGGAAACGACCCAUUCCAACGAACCCCCUCCCCAAUCCUUUAAGCCUUGAUUUUCAAGUCGGAUUCAACUGGUUCGCUGAAUGGUGGCGUUCCGAACAAUCGAUCAAGGAGGAGAAAGAGCGUGCAAAGCACGGCGGACGUCGCCCGUCGGAUCGUGUUAAGGGAGAACGCGAGGCGCGUGAAGAUCGCGACCGGGAAAGAGCACAGAUUCAAGCGGCUUACGAUGCGUACAAAGUGGAUCUCCAGAUCAAGAUGGCUAGAACGUUCGUCCAACACCAUCGAACUGAAGAGUGGUUCAAGGAGCGCUACGUUCCUGAAGUUAGGGACCCUCUCCGCCGACGACUCAUGGAUUUUCGAGUGGCUGCUUAUCAACAAUGGGAGCGUGACUUAGAUGGUGGUUUAUUUGACGAUUUUACACUUGAAGGGAUUUACAAAAGUGAGAGCGAUGGCGCUGGUGGUGUCAUCGAGAAGGAGGAAGGUGAAACAACGGCGGUGGGUGAGACUCUAAGUGUUUUAGAUCUGCUACCAGCAAGAGGUGGCGAGCUCCGUGACGAGGCUUUGUCCCAGCCAGCACUCCUGAUCAAGACAUUGGCUCCGAAUGUCAGCCGGGAGAAAAUCGAGGAGUUCAGUAAGGAGCAUCUGGGGGAACAAGAUGGCGGAUUUAAAUGGCUCAGCCUCAGCGAUCCGAACCCGUCCAAGAAAUACCAUCGUAUGGGGUGGAUCAUGCUACAUCCCGCAGCGGAUGUUGCCGUUGUCGAGAGAGGAGAUGGAAGAGAAGAAGAGGGCGAGGAAUUGGAGCAGGAUGACUUUGCGAAUGGUACCUCAAGCGCCAACGCAGCCGAGAAAGCUCUUGAGGCUGUUAAUGACAAGACUAUUCAUGACCCGGUCCACGGAGACUUUGUAUGCCAUGUUGGAGUUCAUGUUCCGCCCUCCCAGCCACGCAAGAAGGCACUGUGGGACUUGUUUUCCGCACCUGAACGCAUUGAGCGUGACUUGGAACUGGCCAGUCGGCUUGUAUUGAAGUUCGAUUCGGAAAUGGGUGGAAAUGCCGAUGGCUUCACUAAGAUCGAAGAGCGAGUAGAGGAACUGCGUGGUAAGGGGUGGCUGCAACCGCCCGUCACUGGCCCUGUUAGUGUCAAAAAGAGGAAAACCGAGUUUGAUGCAGAAGAUGUUGAUGAGGAGGAAGCCGAAGAAGGUGAAGAGCAGGAGGGCUGGGGAGACGAUGAAAUUGACGACGAGGAGCUUUUGGCGAAGAAAAAGAAACUUGACUUGAUGGUUGAAUAUCUCCGGAGGGUCUGCAACUUCUGCUUUUUCUGUGUGUUUGAAAGUGACUCGGUGCAUGAGCUUUCCCGGAAAUGUCCUGGUGGUCAUCUCCGUCGACCACGCGCUGGUCUUACUACACAGUCAAAAGCCGUGGCCAGAGCCAGUGCUCUCGGACAACCGUUUCCUGUCAAGAGAAAGGAGCCCAGUGAAGAAGGCGAGGAACAACAAUCCCCUGCGGAGGAAAAGCGGCCCCAACGGUUCAGCUCCAAAUCAGAGCAACAGCUCCAGCGCGCGUUUAACUGGGUGAAAACAUUUGAGGACAAGCUUCUGCAGAUCCUCGAGCCCGAGAACGUGGAUAUUCGAAAACUGGGCGGCAAACCAGUGGACGAAGCUCUAGAGGAGGAAUUAUCGAAGUACAUGAAGCAGGAGGACGAAUCGAAAUAUCGCUGCAAGGUUCCGGAGUGCACCAAGCUGUUCAAGGCCGACUAUUUCUGGCGCAAACAUGUAGAGAAGCGCCAUACGGAAUGGUUUGAGAAUAUCAAGAGCGACUUGUCCUUGGUGAAUGCAUAUGUUCUUGAUCCCGCCCGGAUCGCACCCUCACGAUCCGAUGCAAAUAGCAAUGGCCAUUUCCCCCUCAGCUCCGGCCAGAACCAAGCUGGCACACCUCGCGGGUUCAGCCUGGCAUCGAUGCCUCCGUACCUUGGUCCGAGUGGUAAUGUGCCCAGUAAUUUCCAGGCCAUGCCGGGUGCGGCUUUGCCUGGGUUUAUGGGUGUGAACAAUCAAACGGGCACCUGGAGUGGGAAUGGCAUAUUGCCCAGUGAUGGCCUACACCACCCCGGUGUUAUGCGUCGUGGGGGCCGCUAUAAUAAUCGUUCAGGACCCUAUGAUCGACGUGGCAAUCGACAUGGCGCUUCCGGUCCGGGAACCGGUCGGUUGAGCCCGGUUCGGGGCAUGUCGAACAUGUAUGGGUCUGGUGGUCGUUUAUCGGCUACUACUGGUGCGCCGUACAUUCCUCCGGGGCAUCCAGCAGCAGCAGCUUUCGCUGGGGCCAGCGGCUUUGCCGAUGCCAUGGGUCCAGGUUCUGCCCAGGGAAUGGGUCCCCGUGAAGCCGUUCAAGGCCGCAGCCUCAAGAGCUAUGAGGAUCUUGAUGCGGUCGGCGGAUCUGGAAGCGGGGAAUUGAACUAUUAG